AUGCCCGGCGACACGGAACCGCGCGUCGUGGAGGACUUCCUCGGCGUCGUCCAGCUCCUCAGCGACGGCUCCGUCGUCCGCGGCGACGAAGCCGUCCUCCGUUCAAACGAGCCGUUACCGGACGUCCCCGGCGUGCAGUGGAAGGACGUCCUGUACCACGCGGCGCACGGCCUUAGUGUCCGCGUGUACAGGCCGGCGUCGUCGGUGGCCGGCGGCAGCAAGCUCCCGGUGCUGGUGUACUUCCACGGCGGCGGCUACUGCCUCGGCUCGUUCGCGGAGCCCAACUUCCACUCGUUCUGCCUCCGCGCCGCAGCCGAGAUCUCGGCCGUCGUGCUGUCCGUGCAGUACCGCCUCGCCCCCGAGCACCGCCUCCCCGCGGCCAUCGACGACGGCGCGUCUUUCCUGUCCUGGCUGCGCGGCCAGGCCGAGCUUGGCGCCGGCGCCGACCCGUGGCUCGCGGAGUCGGCCGACUUCGCCCGGACGUUCCUCUCCGGCCACUCGGCGGGUGCCAACCUGGCCCACCACGUCACGGUCCAGGUCGCGUCGGGGGAAAUCGCCACCACCCCGGUGCGCAUCGUCGGGUACAUCCUGCUCUCCGCGUUCUUCGCCGGGGCCGAUCGCACGGCAACGGAGGCCGACCCGCCGGCGGGCGUGUCCCUGACGACCGCCAUGGCCGACCAGCUCUGGCGCAUGUCGCUGCCGGUGGGGGCGAGCAUGGACCACCCGCUGGCCAACCCGUUCGGGCCGGAGAGCCCGAGCCUCGCGCCGGUGGAGCUUCCGCCGGCGCUCGUCGUGGCGCCUUUGAGCGACGUGCUCCGCGACCGCGUGCUGGGGUACGGGGCGAGGCUGAAGGACAUGGGGAAGGCCGUCGAGGUUGUCCAGUUCGAGGGAGAGCAGCAUGGCUUCUCCGUCCGCCAGCCGUUCGGCGAGGCGGCCGACGAGUUGCUGCGGGUGAUCAAGCGGUUCGUCUACAGCGGCAACUGA